GGAUUGUAUAUGAAAAGACGAAUAUACAUGUUGAAAUUAAAUUAAUUGUACGACGGUAAAUACUUACCUAGAAUGCUCAUCUCUUGCGUAUACAUGCAGGUACCCUUUAUUACUCGAAUAUCUCGUCUGGAAAUUCAGCUAAGGAUCUUUCUUUCUACCAUAUAAUACAUCGAGCUUCAAUCCACCCAUAGAAGAAUUGAGACGCCAAGAACCUACCAAGACAUGCCGCUUUUGCUUGACGCACCUCUACAACGGGCCGUGGGGCGUUUUGUGCCUGCGUCAUUGCCCCCGACUGGGACCUUUGACGGGCAGACCGUCCUCAUAAUCGGAGCCACCUCUGGCCUCGGGUUAGCUGCUGCCGUGCACUUCGCGACCCUCGGUGCUAAUGUCAUCAUCACAUCUCGCGUAGCAUCUCGUGGGGAUAUAGCGAAACAGCACAUAGAAGAAGCGGCGGGACCCUCUUUCAAAGGCGACAUUUCCUGUCUGGAGCUGGACUUGGAACACUACGAUUCGUGUACUGACUUCAUGAUCAAGCUCAAAAGCAGUCUCCCUGGACCCGCCGACCUAGACGUGGCGAUCGUGAACGGCGGCAUCUGCAGCUCAGGUAAAUUGGAAAAGAGUGCCCAAGGAUGGGAGAAGUCAAUCCAAAUUAACACCAUCGGCUCGACACUCAUCGGCCUGCUUCUACUGGGAUGGAUGCGUGGAGCCCGCGACCACCGAUCCUCGCCGGCACAUCUAGUCUUCCUCACCUCACGCGAGCAUCUAUACCCCGACCUUAACCAGCUGUCCGAGUGGUCGCAGCGAAAGGACGGCAUCCUGGGACAGGUGUCUAGAGAGGAAAACUGGCCAAGCGGAUUUUGGGACGCGGAGCCCAACUACGCUAUCAGCAAGCUCCUGCUUAUGUACACAAUCGAGGAGAUCAGUAGACUGGCCCGAGGGCCGGAUGGCGACCCUCUCGUCGUUGUCAACAGCGUAUGUCCCGGAAUGGUCAGAACUGACAUUGGCCGCCACAUUUCCUCAAGAUCAUGGUUCCAUGCGCUCUGUGUCUAUCUAACUUUGGUGAUAACGGCCAAGUCGGCCGACUCGGGCGCCAGGAUCUACGUCACGGCCGCCCUGCAGCCGAAGGAGAAUCAUGGAGAGUUCUUCGGUUACUGGCUAGCUGGCGACCUGUAUCGACGGAAAGCGGCCACUCUCAUCGACAGCGAUAAGGCAAGGGCACUGCAGAAAUUGGUAUGGAAGGAAGUAAGCGAAGAGCUGAAAGCCAACGUACCAGAAUUGCAGGCCGGUCUGGAUGGACUAUAACUACGAGGUUACUAAGUAGCCAGCCAUCGGUGCGGCGGGUGACGCGAAGUGGCUGUGAUAUGGAUCACUGCUCUUAAUCAGGAGAUUGGCUGUUCGCGCUGUCAAUAAUCUUCACAAGAGACAUAAACUUCCUACAAGCUCCCGGGCGGAAUAUUGAGCCGCCAAUAACCCUUAAAUACCCAAUUACUAUUGCUAUUAUCGACGAUGGAGUGGAUAUUAGCGACUAGUCGAGGAUAGCGGAUGGAAAGAGCUUUUAUCGUCGAGAUGAAGAACGGAACUUCAUUUGAACCAACCUGUACAUACCUAUUAUCUACCUGCGCUUUCCUUAUUUAUUACUUCUCACUAGUGGAUCUUGCGGAUGAACUGAUGAGAAGGUCGUGAAGCACUUGCUAACGCCGA